UUCGCUUCACCUGUUGCAGUUUGCGGUGCUUGUUGAAUGUGGGGCGGUGGUGAUAAAAGCUGUCUUAAUUUUAAUUUUUUCAAGGCUUCUUAUUAGUAUUUAAUUAAGGGGAAAAUCAGUAUCUCGUUUCACAAAAUAUAUCUACAUUCGACUUCAGUUUAUCGGCAUUUCACCUGUCACAUCGACAAGUAAACAUCUGCAAUCAAUCAUGAUUAAUGACAGAUUAGGAGCCUUGAAAGCUGCUGUAAAUGAUAAUUAUGAAACUAAUAAUGAAAUUUCAAUCAAUAUGGAGGUUCCGGAAUCAUUUCUUACGGAAUUCUUCACUGAAGUGGAAGAAAUAUCUCAAAGUUUGGAUAAAAUUAUUGCUACACUGGAAGAAGUCAGGAAAAAACACAGUGCUAUACUCUCGGCCCCAUCCACUGAUGAAAAAGUCAAAGAAGAGUUAGAAAAUUUAAUGGUUGAAAUCAAGAGAUUGUCUAAUAAAGUGCGGCAGAAACUGAAAUUAAUGGGACAAAACAUUGAACAGCAAGAGCAAGUAAAUUGUACUUCUGCUGAGCUUCGAAUAAAGAGAACACAACAUUCAACAUUAUCACGCAGAUUUGUUGAUGUAAUGUCUGACUACAACAACAUACAAACUGAAUACAGGCAACGUUGCAAAGACAGAAUCAAAAGGCAACUUGAAAUAACUGGUAACGUCCGAACAGAUGCUGAAAUUGAAGAAAUGUUAGAAAGUGGUAAUCCAGCUGUUUUUACUCAAGGGAUUGUAACUGAAACUCAGAAAGCAAAGCAAACAUUGGCUGACAUUGAAGCACGGCAUGCUGAUAUUAUGAAACUGGAGAAGAGCAUUAGAGAAUUACAUGAUAUGUUUUUGGACAUGGCUGUUUUGGUUGAAAGUCAAGGUGAACUAAUUGAUCGUAUUGAAUACAAUGUUCAAAAUGCUGUUGAUUAUGUGGACACAGCAAAGAUUGAUAUAAAUCGAGCAGUUCGGUUUCAAAAUAAAGCACGUAAAAAAAUCAUCAUACUCAGCAUAAUUGCAAUAAUUGUGCUGAUAAUUAUUGGAAUUAUUAUAGCUUAUUCAGUAAGCUAAGAACAUUGAAAUUGUGUUCAUGGACUUUGCAUUGGAGGCACAUCAUUUAGGGUCUGUUGCAUUACAUCCCAGAGUUCUUUCAUUGGGUGUUUUAAAUCUCAUCCAGAUUUGUACAAACAUGUUCUCAGAAACAGCUCAAAGCAUAUGUGUGCUAGUCUGAACAGUUUUCGCCGCUGGUGCCACAAAUUUUUCAAACUGUUCCAUAGGCCAAUAAGCGAUCAUGCAUAUUUAAGAUUUAAAUGUUUGCACCACCUGUUUGUGCAAAUGUGGAGGCAGUUUUGGAAAUGAUCAUUUUUUAAGAAAUAUAAAUAUAUAUAUUUUUAUAUAUAAUUUUCUUUUCAUGGUAUUAAUUGUAUAUAAAACUUUUUGAUUUUCAUAAAAAUUGAAAUUAUUUUUUAUUUACUGCAUAUAUCUACUAAUAUCUAGAGUACAUUGGUAUAUAUCUACUAAUAUGUUCCAGAAAAUAUUUUACUUUAAAAUGUGAUACAUGAUCUAAACUAAUGAGCAUUUCCAUUUUUAGAGUAUUUUAUAACUUUUUUUUUAAAAUAGUGAACAUUAUAUUAUGUACUAAGAAUUUUGUACCAGUCCAUUAAUUAUGCAAUUGUACUUCUAUGGUCAUCAAAAGUUUUUUAAUGGAAACAAGAUCUUAAAUAUGCACAAGGACAGCAAUUCUUUAAGAUAAUGUAAGGAAAAGUAACAAAGUGUAAAAUGAAAUACAUUCAAAAUGAAACUACACUCAUCACAAUCAAAAUUACUACUUCCAUCACUAAUAACUUCAGUCUCAUUUUAAAUCUGUUUUAUUAUUAUUAUUUUUUUAAAUAUUUUUUAGAUUUCAUUAUAUAUGCAUUUUGGAGUAGAUAAAAUACAACAUGAUGCUUUAAAAUUAUUUCAAUUUUACAUAAAUUAGACUCAAGUUUUCUAUCCCUACACAAACCCCUGAUAGUUGGUACAUCUGCAUCUAAUAAAAUAGAACACAAUGAUGAGGUUGAAACAGGGUUCACGCUAGGAUGCAUGAUUCCUGAAACUUUUUUUAAAAUUUCACUCAGUAAAAAUCCUUUUUCGGGCUGUUCCCAUUGAUCACCAUCAACGGACAUGGGUAAAAAAGGUAGCAAAAUUUCUUGUCUCGGAUUUUUCAAUUUUUCAUACAUCUUUUAAGAAGAUAGCCAGUAUAAAUGAAACGACAUGAUAAUUUUCAAUUGACAUCUUAUUAUCAAUGAACAGAAUAAUCUAGGAGUUUUGACACAAAGAAACAAGAAUAGAAGACUGGGAAUAGCUUUAUUCUUUGGGGGUUUACUGGAUGCUCAAACCUCUUUUGGAACUUUGCUGCUUCUAGUUGCACAAAAGAAAACUUUUUUUAACCCAUUUUGUAUGGAAGCUGUACCAAAAUGUUUUCGUCAGCAAAAUCUCUUAUUUUCAAACUUUAUUUUUUCUUUUGUUGGCAUUGAUACAUUUUUAUCCCAAUUGAGAGUAUUUUAUUAGCAUACCAUUCAGUAAAUAAUCGAUUUAAAAAAGAGAAUCUCAUUUAUGUAGCAGAAAGUUAAAGGUUAGUUUUACUUUCAAAAAAAUAGCUAUCUUUAAAAUAAUAAGAUACCCAUUUAUUCAAGUAAACAAAUGGAAUUCUCUUUUGAUGUUAUGCUCGUUAAAUAAUUUUUGUGCUGCAUGAUAUGAAAAACCCUGUUCAAAUAAAUAUUUAUCUAAAAUACUCAAGCAAUAAAAGAAGGAUUCAAAAAAAACAUAAUCUACUGCAAUUUCAAUUCUAAAAAUCCCACUUGAAAUUUUGAUGUCAAAGUGAGAAAUCACCCCUUAGUUUUUUUCCCAGUGUGAACCCUGCGUUGAAAGAAAAUUUAUUCCGUUUUACACUGAUCUCCUCACCAUGACAGAAAUGUGCAUACUUUGUUUAUGAUUCCAGGUAUCUUAUUUAAAAAAAAUCUUAUCUUCAUGAUUAGAUUUCCAUAUAAUAUACAAGUACAUAAAAUCUUUAUUUAAUUUUUACAUGUAAUUUCUCUACCAUUCUCCUGUCUGUUUUUGUUGUUUUUAAUAAUAUUGAACUUUUAAUGUCCUUUAAAAAAAGGAAAACAAAGGCUCAUAAGUUGUAAUUAUGAAUUUAAAUGUUUUUCAAACAUUGUUGAUGGCCAAAAAAUUAGCAAUUGUUGUUUUUUGCUGCAUGUGCAACUGCUAAUUUUCAAAUUUAUAUAAUUAUUUAUUGACCUUUUUAAAAUUAAUUCAAAAGAUAAAGUUAUUUUUAUAUUUUUUCUAAAAAAUAACAUUGUGAUAAUGACAAUGAAAAAUGCACUGCUAUAUUGCCAGAAAUGUUCACUACUGUGAACAAUGACAAUUAAUAUGGACAGAAACAGCCUUCUUAUUCUUAUUAAUUUUCAUAUGCACAUAGCAUAGGUAUUAUUGAACAAAUGGUAUUUUAAUAAAUAGAAUCAUUAACUUAUGCAAUAACAUGCAAUUAUGAUGGUAUAUGCUGUGCUACGGUUAUUAAAUGUGUAUAUAUUCAUGCUUCUAAUUAUAAUCUUUGGCUUCUUUAAAUUAGAAAUUGAUCUUAGAUGAAAAUAGCUUUAAAUAUAAAAUAAAAAAAUGGAAAAAACCUGAAAUGAUAAAAUCCGAAUUAUUUUCAAAUGUAUCAUAAGGUGUCUAUUUUUUCAAAUCAAAAAAUGUUUUUAAAACUAUAUUCUAGUCAUUUUUUCUACUAGUAGUCUAGAAAAUCCCUUUAUGUUUUCUUUUGAUGCAUUUAUUCAUAGAACUAUGUGUACAUAUUUUUAUUUAAUUAGGGAAGGAAGUAUCUAAAAUUAAUGCACUUUAGCAGUGUCUGAUUACUAAAUAGGCCCUGGCCUAGGGCCCCCUCAAAUAGUAAAAAAAUGUUAUAGUCAAUGGCUAAAAUUGUUUUAUCUAAUGGUUAAAAUUGCAAAGUUUGAAUACAGGGGGUCGCAAAAAAAAAUAUUUGGCCUUGGGUCCCUUGAUGUCUUAAUGGGGCCCUGCACUUUAGUAAUGAAGGAAAAAAUUAAGACUGCCACUAGCAAUGAUGGGAAGCCUUGGGGGGAAAUUAAAUUGAUAAAGUAAUUCAAAAUGGGUUAUAAGUAUAAUAAUUAAAACUUAUGCAAGAACUUUGCAUGUUGUGUUAAAUCAAGAAGCACAAAAAUUAUUCGAAAUAGGGGUUGUCCACAAUGGUGCCACACUUAGGGAGAGGGUUUCAUGAAAUUGUAAAAGUUGUUUGAUACAGCAUUUUGCUGUUGUUUACAAAAGUAUAAAUUCAAAAUUUUUGUUUUCAUAUUCAUGGCCAUAGCCAAAAAAAAAAAAAAAAUCUUUCAUUUUUCCCAAAAAAAAAUUUCUGCAACUGUUUUAUGAUUUCACAAAAUGGGUGAAUUUCCAACUUUUCAUGACGGGACCUCUAUUUUACAUUGAAUGCAAAAAGACUGACAUGGUUUUUCUUUAAAUUUAAAUUUUAAAAGCAUUGGGGUUUAAUUGUAUGAUUUCAAUGAAAAACCAUUUCAACUAUUUUUGAUCUUAGAUACUUCUAAUAAAAUUAACCUCAUUCAAAAGUGUAAAAUUAUUUUUUUAAUAAAAAAACUUGUGUAAAAUUAUGCUGUGUUCAAGAAUUUUUUCUAAAAGGAAUUUGUUUCAGGACAAAUUUUAUGUUUUGAAAAGGCAUUCCUCUUUGUACUUAAGAACUUCAAGUAAUUAUUAUUAUUAUAAACUUGUUUGCUUUAUUCAAUUUUUGUUGCAUUUUAUCGCUUGAUUAUU